CGCAUCUUCAUGAGCAGCAUGAUUGUUGUGAAGACAACCUUUGUGACAACGUGACGGGGGCAGUGAGGGUUCAUCUUCAUAGUACCGGAGAAAAUCGGAAUUAUAACGCGACGUCGAGAAAAAAUCAGAAUGACAAUACCGUUUCUUUUCCUUUCUAUUGACGUCUAAGUACACUUCUAAAAUGGGAGUUCUGACUCACUUUCUGCAGCAUGGUGGCGGAAGGUUCCCCCUCAUGUGUGACCACGAUGGAGAUGGUGGCCGCCCCGACGGUUCUAUAUCGAUUGGAACUUUCUCGUCCUCACCCUUGUCGGAUUUCCUCAUCUCUCGCACGAAAAUAAAUGCGAUACCAAUGUAUCAACACGACAUGCCUUUCGGAUCUGGGGAAGGAAAGCGCAUCCGCAUGCUGCGUUGUACGAAAUCCUCGGCAUCAAGCGGCACCUCUUUUCUGAAAACCUCUUUCGGCGAGGGUGAACAAGAAGCGCAUCAAGCUGAAGACGAUGCAUCUUCUGGCACUGCAGCUCCCGACAAUGGUGCUCCUGGAAAUACAGGGGAAACUACAGAAGGAGAUGACAGCGGAGUAGCAGAAGGCGAAGGUGCAGGUGGUGCAGGGGCCCCGCCGUCGACGGACAACCAGGAGGCGGGGGCUGCGAACGACGGACAUGAAAGUACGUCAGGAAAGGACGUCGACGGGGGAGCGGCCUCUUCGCACGAAGAUGGUGCGAACGCGAGUGAUGAAAAUGAGCACCAACACGGAGGUAACAAGGACCAUGAUCAGGACGAACACCGGGGUUCUUCUGUUGAUGCGAACGAGCAUCAUGACCACGAAGACGAAGAACACGACAACAACUAUGGCGAGGAACACGAAGCUUACCACAACCACCACGAUGACGAUCAAGAUCAUCACCACGACCACCAGCACGAACACGACCACCACGGGGGUACCAUCCAAGACGUGAAGGGCGGUCACGUGAUUUCCCGGGCCACCGGUGCGAAGGAGGCACUGGGCACUCUGGAGGGCGAGGCCGACGAGGCGGAGUCUUUUGUGCUGGAGCACAUCAACGCCGUGCUGGAGGCGAUCAACUUCAGUGGCUUCGUGCUGGCGGUGGGCGGCGGCUCGUACUUUCUGUACUCGUUUUUCCGCUGGAAGAACCUGCGCGAUCGCAUCCGACUCUACCAGGCGGUGACGCUCGCCCGGCAAGGCGAUCAGACCAUCGCGGCACGGGACCAGCAUCUCUCGGAGGCCGUGGACCGGAUGCUGCCGCACGAGACCGCAGCAAACAAAAUCAGGAAAGCCUACGUCUACGACGAGGAGGAAUUAUAAGCAGGGGCGCUUCAUGAUGAUGUUGAUGAUGUAAUAAAUGUGAAUUUCGUGGUCUCGCUAAUCUAGAAGUAGUUGUCGGUAUCACAUCGACGAUGAGCAGCAACGGAAGCGUGAAGAACUGAUUAGGUCGUUCUUGUGGACGUCGAUAGAUGAAGAUGUUGAUGCACCACGUACUUGAUGCAAGUGCAGGUGCAGCAGUCGCCAAC